CUUUCGGAAUGAACUGCAACAAAACUUGUAGCAUCAAUUGCAGAUAUUCAAAACGUUGUAGUUCUGAAACAGGAAACUGCAUUGGUGGAUGUGUAAAGGGUUGGAAAGGGUCUCACUGUAGUAAAGAAUGUGACGGUCAUACAUAUGGAUAUAAUUGUCAAGAGCACUGCGGAACCUGUCAGAAUGGAGAAGAGUGUGAUACAGUGACUGGAGUGUGUCCCAAUGGCUGUGACACUGGUUACACGGGGGACAACUGUAAAAAAACUUGCAGUAACAACACAUAUGGACUCUUUUGUUUGUUGACUUGUGGUAACUGCAUUGACAAACAACAAUGUCAUCACGUGACCGGAAAAUGCCCAAAAGGAUGUGCCGUGGGAUUUCAAGGAGAAAAGUGUGACAAAGUGUUACUUACAGCACAGUGUCUGCUCCCAUCAGCAGAGUCAGCCGACCAUCCCUCCAUUACUUACAUUUUGUCUGCAUUGCUCGCCAUCUGUGCCAUCGUUAUCAUUUUCCUUACCUUAAGAUUAUGCAAACACGAACAAUGUUAUAAGUGCAAUCAGCAGAAGCAACCGAAGGACAACAAACCUGUAGACACUGCACCAUCUACAACUGGUCACGACGUCAACGUUGAUGACGGCACGGCAUACCAGGAGCUCAACGAAGUCACCAAUCAACCACAGAGAGGUGAUCUUGGUCACACCGCCGUCAACCCUGAUACUUACGUUAAUGUUGAGGGAGAUAACUCAGCGUAUCAGGCGCUAGGAGAAGUCACCCAGCCGUCUCUCUAUGAUACGCCUUUCCAGAAAUAAGCAAUUUUUACGUUAUUGCAGAUUUACCCAAAAAAAAUCCUUAAAAUAUUGCUAUUUCUUAAUCGCAAUAAUGCCGAUAUAAACCAAUUGUUCAUUUUUGUUGUAUAAACAACACACUGUGUAACAAAGGAAAGUUUUUGGAAUCUGAGAAAUCUAUCAACAUUUUUUAUAUCAAUUUUUUUUCUUUGCUUAUUUUUAGUCAUGAUAAAUGAAAGGAAAUCGUGGGGUUUUUUCACGCACUAUCUGUUAUCCUUGUUCUGUCUUAGUAACACGAAUUUUAAUAAGAUUUUUUUAAGUUCGGGGCGAACUGAAGGUAAGUUGUUAUAGAUACCCGUAUUACAACCUUAAGGUAUAACUACAUACAUGUGUAUUUGAGGUUUAUACCUGAGUAAUCAGCAGUUAUUAUUGCAUUGCUUGUACAUGUGUUUCUAAAUAUAUGUAAUUUAUUAAAAUCAGUAUCUGUUUUCGUAUUUCAACAGACCAUUUGUGUUCCCCCUGUUUUGAUUAUCCUUGCGUUAUUUCAUAGAA